GGAGAGGCAGGCAGGAGGACAGACACAGAGAGCCGCGCGACAGACAGCCCGAGACCGGGCCCCCGACAGCGGGCAGCGGAUGAGGAAGAUGCAGCCUUGCAAGGUGGUGAUUGUCAAACCUGCCGCCAUGUCCCAUGAAAAGAGUUUCUUGGUGACCGGGGAUGUUAAUGCCUCUGCCAACCCUGGAUACCCUGGAGGGUCUCAGCCUCCAAUGCCACCCUACCCUGUGGCCCCCCACCCACCACCCCCCUUUCAGUCUGGUUAUGGUCAACCAGGGUACCCGCAGGGGCCCUACCCCCAGGGGCCCUACCCUCAGGGGCCCUACCCUCAGGGGCCCUAUCCGCAGGGACAUCACCCACCAGGGGGUUACCCACCUUUUCCCACCAAUCCUUAUGGACAGCCACAGGAAUUUCAGGACCCUAACUCACCAAUGCGUGGAAACUAUCAUGGUGAAGGGCCUCCAUCCUAUUAUGACAACCAAGACUUCCCAGCCACGGACUGGGAUGACCAGAGCAUCCGCAGGGCAUUUAUUCGAAAGGUGUUCCUGGUCCUUACCCUGCAGCUGACUGUGACCCUUUCCUCUGUGGCUGCGUUCACCUUUGUGGAAGAUGUGAAGGUCUUUGUCCGGACCCACGUCUGGACAUACUAUGUCUCCUAUGCUUUCUUCUUUGUCUCUCUCAUCAUCCUUAGCUGCUGUGGGGAAUUUAGACGAAAGCACCCCUGGAACCUCAUCGCUUUGUCCGUCCUGACCCUGAGCUUGUCCUACAUGGUGGGCAUGAUCGCAAGCUUCUAUGACACAGACGCCGUCAUCAUGGCUGUGGGCAUCACCACCAUCGUCUGCUUCACGGUGGUCCUCUUCUCUCUGCAGACCCGGUACGACUUCACCUCCUGCAUGGGGGUGCUCCUGGUCAGCACAGUGGUGCUGCUGGUCUUUGCCAUCCUCUGCAUCUUCAUCCGCAACCGCAUCCUGGAGAUCGUGUACGCCUCGCUGGGAGCCCUGCUCUUCACUUGCUUCCUGGCAGUGGACACCCAGCUGCUUCUGGGGAACAAGCAGCUGUCCCUGAGCCCUGAAGAAUAUGUGUUUGCGGCCCUGAAUCUCUACACAGACAUCAUCAACAUCUUCCUCUACAUCCUGGCCAUCAUUGGCCGGGCUAAGGAGUAGCCCUGGCCGGGCUCCACCCACCCGCCCCCUCUCUCUGCCUCCUUGCCCCCUUCUCCUCUCCCCUUCUCCCCUCCCUCUCUGAGCUCUCUGCCCUCUUCCCUUCUCUUUUCUCUCUCUCCUCAAGUCUGGGUGCUGCUGCCUCACAGGCAAGGGGCAAGGUAGUCUGUGCUCUUCCCCUUCUCCUUCCCUAGGGCUGAGGCUGAGGCUCAGGGAGCCCCCUCCCCCUGUAUAUAAUUGUGCAUAUAUUUAUGUUGAAACCAUAGCCCCGACUGUGGUGGCCCUGUCCGUGUCCCCAGCACGGCCUCACCCCACUCCAGAGCUUGAGGGGAAGGGACUGACUGAGCCAGGCCCCUCUCCCUUCUCAUGCUGCAUGAGCCCUGCCCUCUGACCCUGCCUGUUCCCUGAGGUGGGGACAGACUCCAGGCUUCAAGGAAGAGGAAUGAGCCCAAGGUCUAAGGGUGCACGUCUUUCCUCAGCACUCCCACCUUCCCGCCCCUUCAGCCUGGUGGGGAGCAGUCCCCUUCCUCUCCCUGGUCCCCCUGCCCUCCUUUGGGGGAGGGGAGGAACGCCCCCUGGACUGAGCAUCAAGAGAAGGGGGGACUGGAUGUGUUUCAAUCCUCCAGCUAUUGUCAAUAAAGCUCUAAUAAAUGUGA